CAUCACAGGGGCACAGCGCAGAGCAUUGAGAUGGCACAGAGCGGCAGCCAAAGUUUGCCCUUCCCAGAGAUAGUGGAGUUAAACGUGGGCGGACAGGUGUACGUGACACGGCUGGAAACUCUCACCGCGGUGCCCAAGUCUCUGCUAUGGCAAAAGUUCAGCCAGUGCUCCCCGGGCGACCUGCCCAAAGACAGCAAGGGGCGCUUCUUCUUCGACCGGGACGGCUUUCUGUUCCGCUACAUUCUGGAUUACUUGCGGGACUCGGACCUGAUACUGCCCGACUUCUUCAAAGAGAGGAGAAGACUUCAGAAGGAGGCGGACUUCUUUCUGCUCCAUGAGCUGUCGAGGCGCCUCGGAGCAGUCAAAAAGGACAACUCCUGUGGAAAUGAGGAGAGCGGGGAUCCGGACGAGGCUGAGCUGAGCAGCCCGGCCACGGUCACGUCUGACAGAGCCGUGCGCUCCCCCUUCCAGGAGGGCAGGUCCGGGUACAUCACCGUAGGCUACAGAGGCACCUACACUAUCGGGAGAGACAGCCAGACCGACGCAAAAUUUCGCAGAGUCGCCAGAAUAACGGUGUGCAGUAAGAUAUCGCUGGCGAAGGAGGUUUUCGGAGACACCCUAAAUGAGAGUCGCGACCCCGACCGGCCGCCUGACAGGUACACCUCCAGAUACUACCUGAAAUAUAACUUCUUGGAGCAGGCGUUUGACCGGCUGGCCGAGGUUGGUUUCCACAUGGUGGCCUGCAGCUCCACCGGGACCUGCUCAUACGCCAGUAAUGACCCGAAUGAAGACAAAAUCUGGACCAGUUACACCGAGUACGUCUUCGCCCGAUGAGCUGACUUUUUCUAGGGGCGCGGUGGCCUAACCCCACUCAAAAAAGUAGUGCAACACGCACUAUUUCAACAGGCAAUAGGCCACUUAUUCCAUCCUGGGAGCAAUAAUUAGUUACACCACUCCUUCCACUAGCUUUCUGUUGAAUCUCACACACAGAUGGUUAUCUUUCCAACUCAUUUUUCCAUUAAUGAUAACCAAAUAUUUGUCAUGUCCUAUUGUUUUUGUCUUCCCUUUGCUCUGUACAAUGAAAGUAGAAGGGAUAGGUAACUGACCUUUGAUUGGUAGCCUAAUAGUAAUUUGAAAAGUUACACCAGUUGUUUCAGAGAAGUAAUAUAACUAACAGUGAGGCGUUUCUCCAUUUAACACUUCCUGCAGGCUACUGUUUGCAAAGACACAGCUUGCCUAAUAAACUUUAUGGCUUUUGCAAAUGAGUGUUGCAUUUUCAAGCAGAGGACAUUAAUUUAGAUGUCUUUUUUUAUGAUAGCCAUAUGCCAUCAGAGAGAUGGAGUGGCAGAAAAUAUUAGGAGCUGGUUUCUCUGAUGUGUAUCUCUAAGGUUAUUUUCACUCAUAAAUUAAUGUGCUUGCAUUUGUAUUAUUGAGAUUGCCGUAUAACCGUAGAGGCCACUGAUGCUCUGAGGAAGGCCACGUACACCUGUACUUGUAAAAAGCCUUCUAGUGUUUGUUUUGGUCAUUGAACUAUUAGGUUACAGCUUUUCCUGCAAUUGCUUUAUGCAUUUAUCUUGGUUUUUUUCAAUAUGAGUGAUUGACAAAUAAGGGCAAGGAUUUGCAACAUUGGUAUAACAUUGUGAGUAUGGUUUAUUAUCCACGUUAUCUGUUUUUACUCAUCUGAUUACGCCCACUCAUUUUACAGCUUCACAAAAAGUGACUUUUAUCAUGAUAGAUUGUUACAUGCCACCUUUCAACUGUUGUAACAGUUUCUCUAUUGUCUUUAUAUGAAGCUCCAGAUAAUAAAGCAUGAACACUAUUGAGCA